AUGUACCGGCGUUCGAAAAACCAAACCGUAUUGUCUAAAACCUCUUCGUGGUCCACACCGAAAACACCUUCGGUGGAGUCAAUUACGAUCGAUAUUUCGUACGAACGAAUACCAGAAUUUCAAAUGUUUGAGCUGUUCUGCAAUCCCGAUUUUCCUGGACUUGUCAAUAUUGCCUCUUUUGAUGAAGACGAUAGCCCGAAUGCCGGCGAUCACGAUGCAGUGCAACAAUCACCGGCGCUGCCGUCGGAUGACCGUGAUGAAGCAGAAAGCAGCCAAGCGGAGAGCGUGGUCAGUACUUUAGGAGAACUGCCCAAUAUCCAGAGAAAAAACUGCUAUUUCUACCGGGAACGCGAGGAAGCGCGACAGCUGCAUGGCACACAAAGCAGCUGCGCCUCGGUCAAUCGGCCGGCCUGUCGGCGUCCGUCCGCCGCGGCGUUGGAGUCCCGAGCCGAGUCGCUCAAGCGACCGGUCCGUCAUCUGGGAUCUUUACUGGUUUUAACGGCCGAUUACGCACAAGUACGGCCCGAUUGGGAAAUUUGCCGGGAAAUUUUUAAUAUUACUCAUUACGCAAAAAACGGAAUCAUGAGUAAUCAUUCAGCGCAGGAAAUUCUCCAGCAACUUAGUGACAAAGAAGCAAACUACAAAAAAGACCUGAGCAAAGUUGCACGAGCGUCAGAUAUCAAUCUGGAAACGUUCUUUCUCAUGCAUUUGGAAUCAACGGAACGAUUGCAUCUAGUCAAUAACAAUGACCCGUUAUGCCGUGCGGCGUUUUGGAGGUCGACAGUGCAACGUGCUUCCCAGUGGGCAUCGCUGGACAACGCGGAGGACAUACUGCAACGGCUGUUACACGAUAACCUUAUCGAUUUAACGGAAACCACUGAGGAUGUUAUAGCGGCGCUUAACCGCUAUGGCUACAACCUUAUUCUAUUGGACGAUAUUUUCAAGCUUUUGAAACCGGAGAAAAAAACAUUGCAGUACUACGAACGGCUUUCCGAAGUACAGCGGAAAGUUCGCCGAGCUACAGAAGUGGCAAAGGUCAGUUUAAUGUGA